AUGAUUUAUGAUUCAUAUGAAUUUGUUUAUGAUUAUGAAAAACAAGUGGGUCGUUUGACCUCAACAUCGAUUGAAACUUUAGAACACUUGUUUUAUCAACUUGAAAACAAAUUUAGUUGGACAGAAAAGGUGCCAAAUGAUGUCGAAUUGUCAUUUAUACUACAAGUUUAUGAUCAUUUUCAAAAUAAUGAAAGUUUAGUUCCUACGCCAUUUAAAUUUAUCAGUUCAAACACGAAUCAAGUCUAUAAAAAUUAUCCAUCAUCGUCAAUUCUGGGUGUUUUAAAAAGUACAAAUGGAGAAAUUCAAUUUAAAUUUGCGCCACCAACUAAAGAAGCAUAUAGUGAAGAUGAAACAUUAAUGGACAUGUAG